UAUAUUUAGGCAAAUUGCCACGUAAAGCACUCCUCACGUGAAUGAACUUGGCAAUAAAUAUUUUAUUUCAUUUGCUUAAAUACAGUUGCUGAUAUAGUUUCAGAGUAGUCCGUAUAUAUUCAAACGAAUAUCACCGGUACUCAAUAUACAAGACAGCUUUAUCAUUAUCAUCGGGCAAGUAUAUCGUUUUUCACUCAUUUAGGAAAUACAUGGAAUCACCGUAAUUGUUCAAGAUGAUCAAAAACGUUUUGUUUGUCACUCUCUUUGCCGUUGUGAUAGCUGCCGAUGCUAAGAAACCAUGCUGUGGCCCAACAAAAUUCAUGGCAGGCAAUGGUGCCUCGGUGGGGCAGGUAAUUACUGACCCCGACACCAAUACGUCCCGCUCGGAAGGGUUCUUUACCUAUCAGUAUGGUGCCUUUGACUUUGAAAGGAAGAUGUUCGGUUAUAAUAUGUCUGUUACAUACCCCAACGGUACAUCGACACUCAUUAGGCUGAUCCAGAACUACGCUCAGAAGUACCAGUAUAUUAUUCUUGAUGCAUUGCAAUACUGUCAGAAACAACAGGUCACAGAGCCACAACCAACCAAUUGCAUUCCGAAUAACGCAACAUGGCAAUCCAGUUUUCGCAUCGGGGGCGCCAAAGGUGGUAGUCUGUUUGCAGAUUCGUGGACCUAUAAGUUCGUUCACCCUAAGGAUGCUGUAGAGGGCGACAUAGUAGCAAAUGUCUUUCAAGAUGACUGCUCACCGUUUAGUACUACCUUCAUUGGUGAUCGAUUUGAAGGGGGCCGUAAAGUUCCUCUAAUCAGUAUGGGAGGCCUUCUGAACUUGACGAGUGGUAUCCCACAUCCCGAAGAGUGGUUCACUGUACCAGACUUCUGUCCUAAAGAGAUCAACAGCCUAACGACAAACAUGGCACGAUCUGCAUCAUACCUGCCAGAUCUGGAAUUCUUUCAACUGCCUCUAUUCUUUUAAAAUACAAUGGGCACCCUUGAACAAGCUGAAAUAUAAUGACAAAAAUCAUCCACCAUGUCGACGAACAAGAUAUUCAUCCUUGAAAUACCCAUGGAACGGUGUCAUCAUGUUCACCGUUACACAGAAAAAAAAAAUUAUACACUCUUAAAAAUGUUGGGCAACAUACUGUCCACACAACAAUAAUUGGUUAACACUUUAUCCGAUUUUGGGUCGUUGUAAACCAACCGUGUGCUUUGGAUGAAAACUACACAGUAUUGGUUGAAAACUACCCAAAGUUGGAUAUAAAGUCUUAAACAACUGCCUUGACCAUGGUGACAUGGACAAUAGAGUGUAUAUAAUUACUUUAUGCAAUUCCAUUCCAUUCUCUAAUCUUCCCCUUGUUCCUUUGACAUCCACACGCAUUACGCUCACCCCUAUCCGUACUUUUUUUCUAUUGCAACAUCCAUCUCUCUUACCCCUCUCUCUCCCUCACACACACACACACACAUGUGCGCACACGCACACAUCGCAUGUGCACCCUUACCCACCCUGUUCUCUCUUUCUCAUAUACACGUCGACAAAUACACUAUCGUUCUUUUUACAUCUUUCCGCCCGUGAUACUUCAAUGAGGAAUCUGAAGAAAAAAUUAUAUCAGUACGUUUUACUGGAUGAAUCGAUAUGAUUAAA